UCUUCCGUGGAGUAGAUCGAUCCGAUCCCUUGAUCACCUGACCCAGCAGCUCAAGCCCCCGCUCGUUGGCGUUGGCAGCCUCACGGCGGCGCACGGCCAGGGCCAGCCCGCCACAUCGCUGAUCGUACCGCGCGCCGCCUCCAGCUCUCGGGAAAGGGCCGCCGCGGCUCGGUCCGUCGGCUCACCCGUCGUCCCCGUCGAGGAGAGAGGUGAGACGGAACCCCGUCGGCCGGUCGAGAUGGUGCUCGCGCAGCUGGGCGGGAGCAUCUCCCACGCGCUAAAGCGGAUGAACGACGCGACGGUGGUGGACGAGAAGGUCCUCUCCGACUGCCUCAACGAGAUCUCGCGCGCGCUCCUGCAGGCCGACGUCCGGUUCGGGACGGUUCGCGACCUGCAAGCCAACAUCAGGAGGAUCGUCAACCUCGAGGCGCUCGCCGCCGGCACCAACAAGCGCCGCAUCAUACAGCAGGCCGUAUCCAGUGAGCUGUGCAGAAUGCUGGAUCCGGGGAAGCCGUCCUUCACCCCAAGAAAAGGAAAGCCCAGCGUCGUAUUGUUCGUCGGCUUGCAGGGUUCUGGAAAAACCACUACCUGUACCAAGUAUGCAGAAUAUCAUCGGAGGAAGGGGUUUAAUCCUGCACUGGUUUGUGCUGAUACAUUCCGAGCUGGUGCUUUUGAUCAGUUGAAACAGAAUGCAACAAAAGCCAAGAUACCUUUCUACGGAAGCUACACGGAAUCAGAUCCUGUAAAAAUUGCUGUUGAGGGUGUGGAGAGGUUCAGGAAUGAAAAAUGUGAUCUCAUUAUUGUUGAUACAAGUGGACGCCACAAGCAGGAAGCUGCGCUGUUUGAAGAAAUGCGUCAAGUUUCAGAAGCAACGAAACCAGACCUGGUGAUAUUUGUGAUGGAUGGUAGCAUUGGUCAGGCUGCAUUUGAUCAGGCACAAGCAUUUAAACAGAGUGCUUCCGUUGGUGCAGUGAUUGUUACAAAAAUGGAUGGUCAUGCGAAAGGCGGGGGUGCACUUAGCGCUGUAGCAGCUACAAAAAGCCCUGUGAUAUUUAUCGGAACUGGAGAGCACAUUGGUGAAUUUGAGGUUUUUGAUGUGAAACCAUUUGUUAGCCGUUUGUUAGGCAUGGGAGACUUGUCUGGCUUGAUAAACAAGAUCCAGGAUGUUAUGCCUGCUGAUCAACAACCGGAGCUUGUGCAGAAGCUGACUCAAGGAACCUUCACUCUCAGACUUCUGUUUGAGAUGUUCCAGAAUCUUCUGAAUAUGGGUCCUCUUGGGCAGCUCUUCUCUAUGUUGCCUGGAUUUAGUGCCGAGCUGAUGCAAAAAGGAAAGGAGAAGGAAGGCCAAGCAAAGAUUAAGCGGUACAUGACGAUCAUGGAUUCCAUGACAGAUGAAGAGCUUGACAGCACGAACCCAAAGCUGAUGAACGAGUCACGGAUCAUCCGGAUCGCGCGGGGAUCUGGCAGGCUCGUGAGAGAUGUGAUGGACAUGCUGGAGGAGUACAAGAGAAUUGCCAAGGUGAUGAAGAACAUACCGAUCACGAAGGAUGUAAAUCCGAACAGCAACACGUACAUGCAGCAGAUCAUCAAGGCCCUUCCUCCAAAUCUGCUGAAGCAGAUGGGUGGCGUGGCUGGGUUGCGGACUGUCAUGAAACAGUUGAGUCCAAAGAGGGUGAUGAGCUAA